GCCGCGUCCGCCCGGCGGCCGGUCCGGGGCAUGGAGACGGCGGCGCGGGGGGCGCCCCGGGGCGGCGGGAGCGGCGGGGCCGAGGCGCUGCUGGGCGAGCUGGAGGCGCGCGUGCGGGCCGUGGUGCGCGCGAGCUCGUGGUGGGAGCGCCACGGCGUGGACUGCUCCAUCCUGGCGCUCAGCCUGCUCGCCCUGCCGCCCGGGUUCCUGUGCCUGCGCUCCGAGCAUGGCCUGGUCUUUGUCCUGGGCAUCACCAUCCUGGGGGUGUGCCACUACACGCUCACGGUCAAGGGCAGCCACCUGGCCACGCACGGUGCCCUCACCGAGUCCAGGCGCUGGAGCAAGAUCUGGGCACACUUCUUCGUGGAGGUGUGCACGGCCUUCCCCGCCGAGGACGCGCUGCAUGGCCACGUCAAGAUGCACCACGGCUACACCAACGUGCUGGGCCUGGGCGACUCCAGCACCUGGCGGCUGCCCUGCCUCAACCGCUACGUCUACAUGUUCCUGGCGCCUCUCCUGAUCCCCGUCCUCACGCCGCUGGUGGCUGUGGAGCGGCUGAGGAGGGCGAGGCCCGGGGCGGCGCUGCGGGCGCUGGGCCUGAUCGCCCUGGGCCUGUGUUCCCACUACUGGCUGCUCCGGCACCUGUCCGGCUUCCGGAGCCCGGCCUCGGCGCUGGCCUGCAUGCUCUGCACCAGGUCCCUGCUGGCCCACCCGUACCUGCACAUCAACGUCUUCCAGCACAUCGGGCUGCCCAUGUUCUCGCGGGACCAGAAGCCCCGCCGGCUCCACAUGAUGAGCCUGGGGGUGCUGAACCUGCCGCGGCUGCCGGUGCUGGACUGGGCGUUCGGCCACUCCAUCGUCAGCUGCCACGUGGAGCACCACCUGUUCCCCAAGCUCUCCGACAACAUGUGCCUCAAGGUGAAGCCCGUGGUGUCCCGGUUCCUCCGGGAGAAGCAGCUGCCUUACAACGAAGACACCUACCUCGCCCGCUUCCGGCUGUUUCUCAGCCGCUACGAGGAGCUGCUGGUGCGCGCCCCUCCCAUCACCGAGCUGGCCGGGCUGCAGUGAGGGGUGCCCGGUCCCCCUGCUCCCUGCCCGGCCCAGUCCCAAUCUUUUUCUGCUUGUCACUCCGGCCAGAGGGCGCGGUCCCUCCCCAGGGGGUGUGGCUGGGCUGCUGGUGGGGACUUGCAGCUGGUGUGUCUCGGCUUUGCGGGGUGCAGGGAGGAAAGGACUAAAAGUGGGCUUUCCGGGCAACUUCAUCUCAGGUCUACACAGCUGGGUCCUCCCGACGUGGCCUGGGCCUUGGUGGGGCUGAGGGAGGGUGACCGGGCGAGGAGAGGCCUGUGCAGGGGGCAGGCGAGGAGGGGCAUCGAGAGAGCGGGGCCAGCCCUCAGCUGGGGUCUGCCUGGCCCUGGGAGCGUCCUGUACGCAGCCGGGCACUGUGGCCCCCGAGCCCGGAGCCUCCUGUCCUCUGCGGAGCCCUCUCGCAGGGACCACGGGGAGGGGACUUGGGCAGGACCUUCCCGGCUUCCCAGCUGGAGGCGCCAUGCCCGACACGGGCUCAGCAGCUCCCGGGAGCCGCAGCCACAGGAGCAUCAGGGAGAUCAAAGCGUUUGUGCUUUAUAAAUAAAGAGGACAUUCCGG